GCUCCCUGGCUGUCGCAUCACCUCGUGGGGAGGGGCCCCGGUUCCCACUAUUGACUGCUCGGCUGUUGUAUUACCGACCGCUUUACGUUAGGGCCACGGCCACAGAGGAUGUGCGCGGACGCUGCUCUUUUCAUCUGUCCGAAGCGCACAAUGUGCCUCGUUUCAACAUGAUUUUAAAGGGACCUUAGCGGACUGACUCUUUCUCCAACAUACAACCCGUGAACCCUGUUUAAACCGAGAGGACAUGCGCCGGGAUAAACGCGAUUACAUUGUCCGGACACCGCGAGACGAGAGGAGCAUGUAACCGGGAGAACUGCACCGGCGGCGGCAGCACCUGACACUUCUGUCUCUCGCUCCUUGUUUCCUCAGAAUUGGAGUAUUCUCCAUGUGUUGACUGAACGCUCUUCGUUGUUUUGGGAUUAUUAUCUUCAUCAAAAUGAGCGAGGAAGUGUCGGAGGUCCCCAAAGAGCUUCUGGAGAGUGUGAGGGAUGCAGUGGGGAGGAAGGUGAAGCUGUCACUGAGGAGGAGAGUCAAACUGGAGAUCAAAGGAGACAAGACGGAGAACAGAGUCUUGGCCCUUGCAUCCCACCGAGCUUACCUCUUGACAGCACGCAUUCCAGCAAAGGUGGAACACUGCUUUAAUUACCUGGAGAUCCAGGGUAUUGCUUGUAACAAGCCUACACAGCUUUUCAUAGAGUACGAGCGUGGCUCCUUCUCUCUGAAGCUGCUGUCUACAGAGGAGGUCAAUGAGGUGGUCGCUCACAUAGGAAACUGUCUGCUCAGGAUAUGUCCCGGCCUUCCACCUGGUAAAGUUAUGAAGAAGCUCACCAUGGAGCCUCCGGACAGGCUGACCUCUCUGCAGACUCUGUGGGAGAACAACAAGCCGGCCGAGCCCGGACCCUGUGGUGGGUUUUCUCAGAUGUACAGAUGUGUGUGUGACUGGUUGGGGCUGCCGUACAAAGAAGAAGUACAGUGGGAUGUGGACACCAUCUAUUUGACACAAGACACCAGAGAACUUAACCUGCAGGACUUCAGCCAUCUGGAGAACCGGGAUCUGGUCGCUAUAAUAGCAGUCCUGGAGUUUAACCAGUGGUUUACUAAGCUCUCCACCAAGGAUUACAAACUGUCUGCAGAUGUGUGUGAGCAGAUUCUUCGGGUAGUGACUCGUUCCAGUCGGCUGGAAGAGUUGGUUCUGGACAAUGCAGGACUCAAAACUGAUUUUGCCCAGAAGCUAGCAGCUGCUCUGGCCCACAACCCCAGCUCAGGACUCACCACCAUUAAUCUUGCCAACAACCCACUGGAGGACAGAGGUAUCUCCUCCCUGGGUGCUCAGUUUGCCAAACUUGGUAUGGGGCUCAAGCAUUUAAACUUCUCCAAAACCUCACUAUCACCCAAAGGUUUUGGUUCUCAUCCGAAGAAAGGCAAAGAGGUUCCACCAUCAUUUAAGCAUUUCUUCAGCAGCGCUGUGUGUCUGAACUCCAUCAACGUGUCAGGAACCAAGCUGCCGCCAGAGGCCCUCAAAGCUCUCCUACUUGGCCUGGCCAGUAAUCUGAACCUAAAGGAAGUGACUCUAGACCUCAGCUGCUGUGAGUUGCGGUCGGGAGGUUCUCAGAUCCUUGAAGGUUGUAUUGCAGAGAUCCCAAACAUCUCUAGUCUAGACAUCUCUGACAAUGGCCUGGACUCGGACUUGGCCACUCUGCUGGUGUGGCUGGCUAAAAACAGAUCAAUCAGACACCUGUCUCUAGGGAAGAACUUUACCAGCAUCAAGUCCAAAAACCUUGGUCCAGUGCUGGACAGCCUGGUCCACAUGAUUCAGGAAGAGGAGUCGCCCCUCACCUCUCUGUCUCUAGCGGACUCGAGGCUGAAGAGUGAUCUGACCAUCAUUCUGAACGCCCUUGGAAGCAACUCCUCUCUCACCAGGUUAGACAUCGGCGGGAAUGCCAUGGGGGACAUGGGAGCCAAGAUGUUGGCCAAGGCGCUACAGAUCAACUCCAAACUCAGGACUGUGAUCUGGGACAGGAACAACACCAGUCCUCAGGGGCUCCAGGAUGUAGCAGCUGCUCUGGAGAAGAACUUCACAAUUCGUUUCAUGCCCAUCCCCAUCAUCGAUGCCUCGCAGGCUCUGAAGGCCAGCCCUGAAAAAACUGAGGAUGCCUUGCUAAAGAUUGAGAGUUAUCUGUACAGGAACCAUGAAACCAGAAAGUACCUGCAGGAACAGGCCUAUCGGCUGCAGCAGGGCAUCGUGACCACCACCACACAACAGAUGAUUGACAGAAUCUGUGUGAAGGUGCAGGACCAUCUGAACUCUCUGAGAAACUCUGAGACAGACGUCAUAUUGGAGGACGUUAGGACAGCCGAGAACCUUAUCAAAGAUGCCAGGAACUCUAAAACGCUGCUCCCUAACCUGUACCACCUAGGAUCAGCUGCUAGAGAGGAGGUGAACAGCUCCUCAGCCGGACCCAUCCAGGAGAAACUGGAGUCUAUGGCUGGGGAGGUGACCAGUGUCAUGGACCAACAGCUGCAGACUCUGUUGGAGUCUAUGGUGGAUGCAGCAGAGUCUCUGUGUCCCCAUGUGAUGAAGAGGAGUACUCUUCGUCCAGAGCUAAUGCAGGCCAGCUCAGCCAAGAUGGUCGUACCCAAAAGCUUUGUCACCAAAACCCUCCUGGAGCAGUCUGGGGUGGAUAUCAUCAACAAGAUCAGUGAGGUGAAGCUGAGUCUAGCAUCCUUCCUGUCUGAUCGCAUUGUUGAUGAGAUUUUGGAAGCUCUUUCCACUUCCCAACUCACUCUGGCAGACCACCUGGUGCGGCGAGGUCGCCCUUUGAUGCAGCAGGGGUCCGUUGAUCUUGACGUCCCAGAGGAGAAGAUUCCUAAACGGGCAUCGACCGAGAUUCUGGAGGGCGAGAGGCUGGAGGAUCUGGAGACCUGCAUGAUGACUCCUAAAACCAAGAGGAAGAGCAUCCACAGCAGAAUGCUUCGGCCGGUGUCUCGUGCCUUUGAGAUGGAGUUUGACCUGGACAGAGCCCUGGAGGACGUCCCUGUCCUUGUGGAGGAGAGUUCUAAAACUCCAACAACUCCAUCUCAGAUGUUUCCCAAACUGGAGCACCGACCGCCAGGAGGGAUGGUGGAGCUGCCGUCUGAGGAGGAGAAAAAGCUGCAGCACUUCACCAAACUACGACCCCGCCGGAACAAGAAAAAGCAUUCCAGCAAAAUACCUCAAAUCAACAGCGCUCCAUCUCAGGAUGGGGAGCAGAAUGGCCUCAUGGGAAGGGUGGACGAGGGUGUCGACGAGUUCUUCUCUACAAAAGUCACCAGGAUGGAUUCCAAACGUUCCAAGGGUUCAGAAUCUCAAGAUGGAGAGAAGAAGAAGAAAGGUGGAUUCCUCAACCUUAUCAAACGUUCCACUAAAUCUGACAAAGCAGAUAAAUCUGAGAAAUCUGAGAAAUCUGAGAAAUCAGACAAGUCAGAGAAAAACCAGGCCACCCCUGCUGCCCCGGGGACAUCCUCAGCCUCGGCACCAGCCACUAUCCCUGAGGAGCCGUCCUCUCCGAAGGUGGCACUGAAGAGCCCUGCGCUUGAGCCAAGGUCCAGAGACGCCUCCAGCCGCUCGCAGCCCACAGAUUACAGCAGCAGCUCCGACCGCUCCGAGGAGCUGAGGACGCCCGACUCUAUGGACGAGCCCUGGGAGUGUUUAGACGGCAGGUGGAGUCCUCAGGGGGGCCGGAGGUACCCGGCGCUGCAGAUGAUGGGCAGUGGCCUCCUGGCAGAGAUGAAGGCCAAGCAGGAGAGGAGAGCCUACAAGUCUUCCAGCCCUGACAGGCCAGAAAGCAAUGCUACAGUAGCCAAGCCCCAGCCAACCAAUUCAGAAAGCAGGUCUUCCAGUGGCUCUAAUAAUAAACCUGAUUCCCCGACUGGUUCUCCAGAGAAGACCUCUCCCCGUGCAGAGAACAAGCCAGACCGGGCCCCUCGUCUCAGGGCUACGUCUUCCUCCAGUUCCCCUGGGGGGCCAUUCAGUCCCAAACCUCCGGUCCCCCAGGGAGCAAAGCCUGCUCUGGCUGCCCGGCCCACCAUCCCACAGAAGCCCAGGACCAGCAGCACCAGCAGGAGCAUAGAUGAUAUCUCAGAUCUUCCAAGCAGUGGGCCUGGGUCUCCUAAGGUCUCAGUUCUUCCUUCCACGCUGAAGAAUACAGUGUCAGAGAAAGAGAAAGAAGGCCAGACCGGUCUGCAGUCAGCAGGCUCUGCUAACAAAACCACUCAGGAUGUGAGGAAAGGCACGGUGUCAGACUCCCUUCAGCGACCUGGCCGUCUCCGUGUCAACUCUGAGGAUCACGGCUCCUUCAAGAUGAAGGACCAAUGUCCAAAACAAGACAAGGACAAGGCAGCGGGAAAUAAGUCAUCAGACUCUGUGGAGGAGGCAGAUAAAGACUUUAUUUUAAUAUAAGUAAGACAAAAAACUACAGAAAUCCGUUGACAAGACUGACAUGUUUUCCUUUAAAAAGCAACUAAGUGGGAAUCUUAAAGAUAUGUUUUCAUUUAUAUUACACAUCUAGUUUGGUUUGCAGGAAGACCUACUGAAAUAUAUCAGGUAAUACACAGUUUCAAAUUAAAAGUUUGGUAAUUAUGAUAAAACAAUUAUUAUUAACACUUGGGGGGGAUGUUCCAUCACAUGUCACCUAUUAAACCAAACUGUGCUAAUUCUCCUUAGAGCUUCCUUAUCUUUGCUUUCAGAUAAAAUCUCAUGUUUCUGAAAGAUAACGUUUUCAGGAUAUUAAGAAAUGUUUCCUAGGGGGACCGAGCAUAUACAACCAAUAAAUACUGAAACCUUUGUAAACCACUAAAAAAAAAAUAGAUGCUUCAGGAACCAGCAGACUUUAUGUGCAAAAGACAGACAUUGAAAGUGUUUAUUGAAAAUACUCAUGGUCUUUGACUAAUAAUGAAACAUGUUGUUGUUGUUGUUUUAGCUUGUCUCCCAGGGACCAGACACAUGUAACAACAUCACCAGGAUCACUGUUCUGUACUUGAACUCCAACAUACAACCAGACCAGGCCCCAAUGGCAUUUGUAUAGAUUUUUCUACAUGUUAUUUUUUCAGUAUGUGCAAGUUACUUGUUUCCGGACUUCAGAGGUGACUGAAUCCAUUAUGCAAUUCUUUGACAUUUAUUUUCCAGGAUAGUACAGGUUCAGCUGAGAAUCUCAGCCCAUCAUCAAUCAACAUAUACACUUGAUGUAGCUUGCCUAACAGAUAAUCUACAUGUCACUAAGAGGAGACUCACUGUUCUCUUCCCUGAAGGAUACUGUCUCUGUGUAGGAGAGUUGGAGUGACCAUAUGAAGUGUUGCUUUGAGAGGACUGUGGUACACUUUAACUUCACUAAAAACCAACCAAUAAGGCUCCAGCACUGUUAACUAACACUGUUCUCUGUGUUAAGACACUGGAAAAAAGUGUGUCUAGUAGACGCCUGUCAUUAAAGUGCAAUACAGAGUUCCAGCAUAAACAUGUCUGUAGUGGGGUUUUUUUGUCAAGUAAACAAAACCGAAUAGCUUAAUUGUUUUACUGGUACACUCACUUGAGACUUUUAAAGUGAACUGUGAGGUGUGCCAGUGUUUCUCACAGUCAUAGAAACUCUGAAUUGCUCUUAAAGACGGAUUGAUUCCUCACACGUACAUUACAUUCCCCUGGUGUGCUGAUGAUCCAAUGAAAACAAAGAUCUUAUUCAAAAAGAGGAACACAAAAAAACACUGACAUUUGCUUUCCAUUUCAGAAGCUAUUUUGUGUGAUCUUUGUGUAAAAGCGCGACACUGAGGGAACUCCAGCCUUCAAACACUGCCGACCUUGCUUUGCUCCUCAGCAACAAGUCUCAGGCAGACUCCUCUUAUCUUUGUCUUUUAAGUGCAAGAAAUGCCCUUUUCACACUGCUAGGUAGUCAACAAACAGAUCCCCAAAAUAACCAUAUGUGCAAAGCAUUCAUCUUAUCAUUAAUUGAGAAAAGCUUUAAGAAAUGGUAACUGAGAUGUGUGGCAACGUAUACAUCAAUGUGCAGUUUUGACUCUUAGCAUUGGAUUGUAACCUUUAAAUGAAAGUAAUGCAGUUAUAAUAAUGUUGGAUCGCAGGUUAGGACGGACAUUCAUUCACAUUUGUUUAACAUGCUGUUUGCAUGUCUUUUUUUAGUUACCUUCAUUACCCAAAAAAUAUCAGAAUUAUUCAAGUCGUAAUUAUAAAUAAGAAUCUUGGAUUUUUUCUGGUAUUAUACUUUAAAAACUAACAAACGUGGAUUCCUCUUGUCAAUUAAAUUGCUAUAGUGCUAUUUUACCAAUGCAGAGUAUAUUUAAACUUUUUACCAAAUCAACUUUGCCAUUAUGAUGUGAAUGCAGCAUUAUACCACUUUAACACAUAUUUGAAUCCAACUCAUGUUUAUUUUGAAAUGAAACACUGUGGAAUUACCUUUUUACUUUUUGACUAUCUAGUUGUUGUGUGGCAAACUGUGCUCCAGCAUUAAUACUGAACGUGCACCUGACAUCGUUUUUCAUUUGCAGUAUGAAAGGGGCACAACUUGUAUUUUGAGCCUAAAUAAAGUCAGGGCCAAAGGUCUUACUGGUGCACCUUUACCUAUGGUGUCUAUCGAUGUCUUUUUGUAGGAUUAUUAUGAUAACAUUCUGUUUCUUUGUCACUCAUUAUGGAUCGGGAAAUAACACUGUUACUGUUGUAAAUAGUUAUUAUAGUGUCUGAUGUCAACAACUGCUUCGAUUUAAGUCUGUCUCAAAAAUCAAUUUUAAUUUGAAAGAUGUUCCAGGACACAGGGGAGAAAAUAAAACUACUUUGCAGUAUGUACUAAAAUAACGUGAAAACCCUCUUCUCUCUGUUUGGGAUUUCAGAAGCAGCUGGCUGUGUUUCUGUCAAGUUUUGUGAAAGAUUGAUCUCUUCAAAUCAGAAAAAUGAGAAUCAGUUUCAUUUCUGUUGGUGCAUGGAGUGGAGAAAGUGAAAAGUAGCAUUGAGUCCAGACUCCUGAGUCUAUGUGUAUGACUGCAUGAUGUGAGUUGUACUGUUUGUAUAUAUGUGCUUUCAUACAUGUAGGAGUGUGUAUAUGUGUGUGUAAUAUACACACUGUGAUGCAUUCACACGCCUAUGUGAACACGGCAAAUCCUAUGUUGUUUUGCUACUAAGUACACUACUAUACUAGGGGUUUGUUUGUAACUUAUUUGGAAUAAACACAGUGGCCAUGUAUGUCUUGUUCCUUUGUUUUUCCUUUCACAUGUACAUUGUGUUGAUAAAUGUAGAAAUUAAUUAUGUGUAUGUAUUAAUUUGUUAUGACAUGUAAUCAAUUUAAUGUUUCUUUCUUUAUGAUUCAAAAAAUAAAUGAUGCAAAACAAUGACAGUUUUCCUUGAGCUGGAAAAAUAAAAUGCAAAUGACAUGUUUGCUAUUUAUCAGUCUGGAUAUGUUAUUUGUUCCAUCUUGUCACGGAUCAAUGUUUCAUUAAGUCAUUCUGCUGUUGUUGGACAUUUCUUCAUGCAAAUAAUAUUGAUUAAAAUAAUUUUACAAGCU